AUUGACACUUCCAUAUGUUUACAAAAAAAAAUGCCUUAAAUUUAAAAAUAUUAUUUGGGUUCGAGAUAUGAAAAAGUUUUUAUUUUCUUGUUUCAAUUGUUUAUCUCGCAAUUCACGCAAUUCAAAUCACAAAUAUCCAUUCGCUAUUCAAACAUUUCCUUUUUUCGUCCUUUCGCUUUGAAGGACUCGACCCUCUUAAAUGACUAAAAAGAUAGAUUUGCCAUCGAAUGAGUCCGGCCGAUCCUCUUCCUUCAUGGAACCCCAGUUAAUGAGAAGCGGUCCUCUCAAGAAAACUGCCCUCGACGUUAGCCCGAUCGUUUAUGAUGAAGAUGGAGGUUUUGCAUUGGGAGAUGAAAGUUUUGUUUCUGUAAGUGAACCUUUCACCAACGAGUACGAUGCAGAGUUCCAUGAGAGAGGAACAAUCUUGGUAGAUGGAGGUGAUAACUUUGGUGUUAGUGCUGUUGCAUUUGACACCAUUGAGGAGCUUAUUUGGAUGGGGAAUCAGGGGGGGCAUAUCACAUCUUACUAUGGCCCAGAUAUGCAAAAAUACACAUCCUUUCAAGUUCAUAUGACUGAUGAAAUUCGAUGCAUUCAUCCUAUAGAAGGGGGAAUCCUUGCUCUCAGCCCAACAUCAUUGCGGUAUCAGAUGCGGAGAGGUCUCCCUAUCUACACAUACAGUUCAGCAAACAUGGAAGAAAUGCAGUGUUUGAUCAAUUUAAAACAUAUCCCUGAUUCCUUUCUUAUUGGAGGGCAUACUUCAAAUAUAAUCGAACUUAACCUUGCUGAAGGAAGGGAAGUGCAACUGAUAGAUGUUGGCGAAAGUGGGUGUGCAAUAAUGCGCCAGCAAUCCCACUACCUGUGCUGUGGAGAUCCCUCGGGCAAAAUAGAUCUAAGGGAUCCUAUCUCGCUGAAAAUAGAGCAUUCAAUUGAAUCACAUUCAGGUUCACUUUCGGACUUUGACGUUCACGGCAACCUCUUAGUUACUUGUGGAUUUUCAAAUAGGAAUGGUUCGUUGGUGGUAGAUCCUCUCCUUUUGGCAUAUGAUUUGAGGAUGCUUAGACCAGUUGCACCAAUAAAUGUUCUAAUAGAUCCGCUACUACUGAAAUUCAUGCCAUCGUAUUCCUCAAGAUUAGCUGUGGCUUCACCGACAGGACAGUUACAAUUUGUUGAAACAGUUGCAUUAUCUGAACCAGAUUUAACAUUAUAUCAGGUCAACUGUGACGGUGCUGCAAUAGUCACAGCUCUUGACGUUUCCUCUUCGAGCCAAGCAGUUUGCAUCGGGGAAACUGGAGGCUCCUUGCAUUUAAUGACUUCAGUUCACACACCUGUUUAUAAUCCUUUCUCACGUCCGACGGAAUUCGCAGACACCGCAGAAACAUAUGAAACCCCGGUCGAUGUAGAUGAUCCGAUGGCAGUAUAUGCAGCCAUCCCUCUUCCAAUCACUUGCAGUCCUCUGCUAUCGAAUUGGCCUGAGCAGUUUGUUAAAAGGAGAUAUCGACGUACUCCUCCUAUCGAUCCAGAAAUUUUAAGGACAAUGAAAAUGCAAGGCACUGUAGGAUAUGCUCCAAACCCAAACACACGUCGUAGAAAUCAAGUUGCUGAGAUAUAUGGUGGUGGAGUAAGGAGAGGCUUAGAAGGGAGCCGAAUUGGAAACUCAGAAGAAGGCUCAGGCUUUGUUGCUAUUCCAAAACGGUAUAGAAAACCUGAUAUAAAAUAUUCAAAAGCUGGUAUUGAUGAUGCAGAACUGGAACAAUUCAAUAAAUCUGGUCUGAGUGGUUUGGAAGCGACAUUACCUAAUUCAUAUUGUAAUUCUAUGAUUCAGCUUCUAUAUUUUACUGAGAGUCUGAGAAGUGUGAUGUUGUGUCAUCAAUGUUGUAGUGAAUUUUGUGUCUGCUGUGAAUUAGGAUUUUUGUUUCACAUGUUGGGAAGUGGUGCUCCUUGUCAUUCUGGUAACCUUCUCAGAGCUUUGAGGUCGGCGAAAGAAGCUUCAGCACUGCGACUCAUUUUAUCAGACAGUUCAGUGCAUGACGCUAAUCUCGUGCUAUUAAUUCAGAGUUGGAAUAGGUUUAUACUUCACCAAAUGCAUUCUGAAUUACUUGAAUAUAAGCGUAAGGAAACGAAAACACCGACGUUUGUUUAUAGGGAUACAGAUUUCCCUUCGAUUGAACUUCAGAAUCAAAGAAAAAGAAAAGUGAAGCCAGAAUUAAUAGAAGAACUGGUUGAAGAUACAACAAAGGGUGAAACUGAGGUUAGCCGACUCUUUGGUAGCAAGCAAACACACAUAUUUACUUGUUUGAAGUGUAACAACAAAAGUAGUAAAGAUGCGACUCUGCUGGUUCAUAAUUUGAUUUAUAAUAAUCAAAGAGGUGAGAGCAGGGAUGUUAGUUUUGCUGAGAUUAUCGAAGGUUCUGUCGGCGGAUCACAAGUGACACCAGCUUGGUGCGAACCAUGUCAUAAAUUUCAACCUACACUACAAGAGCGGAAAGUAAAGACACUACCUCCGAUUCUCUCUGUCAACUGUGGCAACAAUAACGAAAACGACAAAAAAUUCUGGAAAGAGCAAAUGGAUGCAGUCGUUAUGAAAGUUCUCCAAGGGUCCGGUGAUAUGAGAACCACUAUCGUCAAUACCAGCAGCGGUAAGCAGUGCAGAUAUGGAUCAUCUUGCACUAGGAUCGGUUGCAGAUUCAAACAUCCACAACAAACAACUGAACUAGGAGGUACUCUUGCAUCUCACCUGUACCAGAACAAUUCCUGGGUGCCAAUGUGCCUCGAUAUGCACUUGUCAGUGACAGGCGAAGUUCGUGUCACCAAGCAUGGAGAGGAAGUUAAGCAGGAGAAUCCUGAUGAAUUCCAGGAAAAACUUAUUUGCACUUAUGACCUUUAUGGCGUUGUUUGUUUUAUUAACGAUGAGAGGAAAAAUAUUGUCUCUAUAGUUAAUAUUUGUAAUGAGCCUAAACGAAAUGGCGAACCCCAAAACCCUCAGUGGUAUAUUUUCAAUGACUUUAGUAUAACUCCAGUGCCAUACCAAGAAGCUGUCUGGUUUUCAAUGGAUUGGAAAAUCCCUUGUGUCUUCUAUUUCAAACAAAGGACGGACUACCCUUCUUCCAGCAUGGUAGUUCAAAUUCCUAUUAGUCCAGACGUAUUAAUAAACGUGCCAAAGUGUGCCACUAUCAUUCCUUUGUCUCCACAAGAAAUUCCAAAAAAAGGGGAUCUUGUUGCAAUCGACGCAGAGUUUGUAACCUUAAAUCAAGAAGAAUCUGAACUUAGAAGUGAUGGAAAAUUAGCUACAGUGAAACCCUCCCAUAUGUCUGUAGCAAGAAUAUCUUGUGUUAGAGGGCAAGGCCCAUUGGAGGGAACAGCAUUUAUAGACGAUUACAUUUCAACACAAGAACAAGUUUUCGAUUAUCUCACCAAAUUUUCUGGUAUUAAACCUGGUGAUCUGGACGCCACAUGCAGUUCUAAGAACUUAACAACGUUGAAAUCAACUUACUCUAAAAUAAGAUAUUUAAUAGAUAAUGGUGUUGUGUUUGUUGGUCAUGGCCUGAACAAUGAUUUCAGGGUGAUAAAUGUUGUCGUUCCAGCAGAACAAGUCAUCGAUACAGUUCAGUUGUUUUAUCUUCCUCAUCAAAGAAUGGUUUCAUUGAGGUUUUUAGCCUGGCAUUUUAUAGGCAUUAAAAUUCAAGCUGGUACGCACGAUUCAAUAGAAGAUGCUCGGGCUGCACUUCAGUUGUACAAAAAGUAUCUCCAGCUCGAAAGCCAAGGCAUUUUGAAAUCGAGUCUUGAAGAGAUGUAUUCUGUCGGAAAGUCUCUCCACUGGAAGGUUCCAGGAGUCGACGAUGAUGUAUAAUGUUUUUUCUAACUGAAUUUACAGUAUCCCAAUGAAACUAUCUUUGAAAAAAAUUGAAAAAACAAGCAAAUUAUCACUAAAGAGGUGCAAAAAAAAGUGUGAAAUAUAUUGAGAGGGAAACUUAACAUUAUAAAAAGAAAAUAACGAAAAAGGAAACCCAAGCCAAAAAAAGAAAAACAAAAA